AUGGGCGACUUCCUCAAUGGAAAUCGAUUCUCGGCAAAAGCUGGUUGGAAUGACUUUUUGGAACCGGAAGAUCCUGUAGAUUGGAAAGACUUGAGGUUGCAGGUUGAACAAGAUGAGUUGCCUUCAUGGAGAAAAGUGGUUGCAGAGCGACUGCAAGAAGUCCACUUUGUCCAGGCUUAUGAAACUUUAGCCGACCAACGGCUGCCUCCGUGCUUCCUGGGCAUCUUGUUUGCAGCCGCAGUUCGUUUUGGCCAUUGCAGCGAGGAGGAGGCAGAGAGUUGUACGGCUUCCGAGACGGAGCUUCUUUCGCAGGUCAUUCAAGAGAUCUUUCGCAGCACACGUUUGACUCUGGAGCUUCUGCUUGGCACCCGUUGGCCGGUCUUGGCUGCGCUGGAUAGCAUCAGGCUUCCCGCGUACUACGAUGAUCCCGAGCUGAGCUGCACAGAGAUUCAGGAGCCUGCCUUGGACUGGUUGCAGUUACGUCAAGCUUUGCAGGCACCUGACUGGUUUCAUGAGGCCAAACACCUCGUUUACCGGAGAAGCUUCCAGGCGAACUGGCUGGCCGGCAUGGAGGAGUGCACGUAUGGCUUUGCGCUGGUGUCCCUUUGGAAGCUGGCUGUUUGUGCGGAGACGCAGGCUGAAUGUGUCAACCAGUAUGCUGUGAUCAUUGACAACAUGUUUCGCGAACGUGACUGGCAAGAGAUUGCCUGCAAUUCGUGGGGUAUGUUUGGAUUUCUUGAUCGAAUUCGAGCUCCACUGAAGCGGCAUGAGUUCCGACUGGACUUCCUGCCCUCCGAGCUCCAGGGUGCUUUCCCGUUGCUGGAGAGACCGCUCUGGGGCGCUUCAGAACCAGGUGCAAAGAUGUCACCAUCCUUCUUGGGCGUCCUGAAGUCUGUCCUCGCGGGCAUACCAAAGCCGUAUGCCACCAACGGGGCAGAGGCGCGAGGCCUAGAGGCCAGGAACUUUCUGUACAUAACCAUGGUCUUCGGCCCUCGGUACGUGCCCUACAUCCAGCGCUUUGUGCACAGGGCUGAAGCAUUUGGCAUAUCAAACCUGGUGCUCUUUUGCCUGGAUGAUGCAGCUCUAGACACAUGCUUGUCUUUGGGCCGCGGAGACAGGUGUGUGCCUGGAACACCAUCAAUCCUCAACAAGUUCACGCUGCCUUUGAUAUAUUUGUGGCUAAACAUUGAUGUCUUUUGGCUAGAUUUUGACAUCUUCUUGCUGCAAGACCCGACUCCCUUCAUCCUGGGCGAAGCUCAAUGGAGGUCCGUUGAUCUUUUGGUCAGUGGCUCUUUCGCUGAUGACUGCAUUUGCAGUGGCCUGGUGUUCUUCAAAGCCACAAAGGUGGUUGCGGAGUGGCUGCUUCUUCUCCUUUCAUGGAUGUAUGAGCAUGUCUACACUCACGACCAGCAAGCAUUUAGCGCUUUCCUUGCUGGUCGCCCUGAUGAGGACAAUUCCACUUCACCAGAGUCCAUCUCUUCUUCAAAGCUCUUCAAGUUGUACUUGGAGCCCGUGGUGCCGCGCUGGGCCUUGUUGGACCCCGUGAACGAGUUUGUGUCUGCAAGAGUCUUGAACACCACUGGCUGGACUGGCACUAUGGAGAAGUUGGUGAUUUUCCACUUCCUUCAUGGAGACUCUGAGGUCAAUCGCGACCACACGGCCUACGGAUGGAAUGCGCACUCGGGCUUUGAUGGCGGGACCUCACUGCCUUUGCUGGAUGUGUUCUACAAUCAGAGCGAUGACCAGGUCUACCGUGAGCCACUCCGCCCAAAGCAAUUCAACAAGGUCCUGCAGCAGGCUCUACUUGCCUCUCGCAGAACAGAGCGACCAAAGGACAUGUUGCACUGUGGCGUGCUUCAGCUCAACCCAUAUUCGCCAGGCAGGCAAUCUGCCGAUGGUUGA